AUGGCCACUGACAAGACCCAUGGCUUCAUGAGGUUCCAGAGGAAAGUGCUACCACCUUCUACUCCAAAGCCAGUCAGAGAGGCAAAGGAGCUUCUCCCAGCAGCUGCCCCAGAGCACAGCUUGUUUCGACCCUUCCCAGCAGAGGUGGUGUUUCGGAACUACGUGCCCUGGGAGGUCUAUGAAGCGCCACUGACUCUGAGGAACACGGACAAGGUUCCUCGGCUGGUGAAGGUCAUCUUGGAGAGCUCACCUUACUUCAGGCUGCUCAGCCCCAGUGGUGUGUGCUGUAAGGUAGCACCUGGCCUGCAGGCAACUUUCAGCAUCCUUUUCCGUCCUGAGGAGAACAAGGAUUAUUUCCAUCAGCUCAUCUGUGUCACAGAGAGGGAGAAGUUCACAGUGCCCAUCCGAGCCACAGGAGCACGUGCUGUCCUGGACUUCCCUGCCCAGCUCAACUUCUCUGUCUGUCCAGUCAAGUGCAGCACCCAGAAAACACUGCUGGUUCACAACCUGGGGAACAGAGAGGCUCGCUACAGCAUCAGCACUCAGAGCCCUUUCUCUGUUGAUUGCUCCUUUGGGACCCUGGGGAUUGGUGACAGCAUGCAAGUGACAGUGGAGUUUCACCCUCUGCAGACUGGGGGUCACUCUGGUUCCCUGAUGGUUCACUAUGACACAGGUGAAGACAUCCAAACAAGCCUUUGUGGAGUGGCUGUAGAUGUCAACAUUGGUCUAGAGAGGAGCUGCCUCAUGUUUGACAAGACUUACCUCACCCUGUCACACCAGAGAUCCGUGGUCAUCCACAACAGGAGUGAGGUCACAGCUCGCUUCCAGUGGAAGGCUUUUGCCACUGAGGAAGAGGAGGAUGAGAGGAAGCUGAGGCUGUGCCACAGGGCGUGGAGGAAGGAGCAGGAGAAGGUGGAUCAUCUCCUCCAGGAGUGCAGGGGGCAAUCCACACUCAGGGAAGGUGUUGCCCUUGUCUCCCGUGUCUUCCAGCAGCAGAGAGCCAGGAUACAAGAGGAUGCCCUGCUCUUCUCUGAUGAUGUUUUCACCAUUGAGCCACUGGAGGGAGAGAUCCAGCCCAAAUCUUCAGCUGAAGUGACUGUGGUCUUUACACCACGAGAAGCCAGAAGCUACCGACGGACCAUCUACUGUGACAUCUCAGGUCGUGAGACCAGGCUGCCCCUGUGUGUCCAAGGGGAAGGCAAAGGGCCUCUUCUACGCCUCAGCUUCGAGCAGCUGGACAUUGGGGAGGUUUUUGUUGGCUCAGCCCACAGCUAUGAGGUGAUCCUGUUCAACAAAGGAGCCAUCGAUGCUGCCUUCAGCCUGCUCCCUCCCAUCACAGCUCUGGGCUCCUGCUUCACCUUUCAGCCCCAGGAAGGUCUCAUUUUACCAGAUGGGCUCCAGGUCAUCCAGAUCUCCUUCAGUUCCACCAUCCUGGGGCACUUCACAGAAGAAUUCAGGUUCCAUGUGGCUGGCUGCCCCAAGCCUGUGACCCUGACUGUCAGGGGUUGUGUCAUCAAGCCAAGGGUUCAUUUCAGUGUGCCUUCACUCCACUUUGGUCAAGUCUCCUUUGGCUUCCCUCGCACCUUGAUGUGUCGCCUCACCAACAGCUCCUCAGCACCCAUCACCUUCAGCCUCCACAUCCCUGGGGAUGGCUCAGGAGAGCCCAGCACUUCCAGUCUCAUCCAGAUCUCAGACAACACUCACCCAUCCUGGAGAAGAGGAGCUCGAGGCUGUGGCAACCCAACUGAAUUCUCCAUCAGACCUUGCAGAGGGACCAUUGUCCCCCAGGGAUCCCUGGCUAUCCAGGUCUCCCUGUGUUCCAACACCGUGAGGACAUACGAGCUGGCUCUGGUGCUGGAGGUGGAUGGUGUUGGGGAGGUGUGUGAGCUGCCCAUCACUGCCAGCUGUGUGGUUCCUGCCCUGCGAGUGCUCAGCCCCAUCGUGAGGUUUGGACGCUGCUUCUUGAGACAUCCCCAUCAGCAGAUGCUGACCCUGGUGAAUGACAGCGACCUUCCUGGCUGCUAUGGGCUUCUCCCUCAGGAGCACAGGGAGGGUGCUGCUGUGUGGUUCUCCAGCCCUGUGCCGUGUGGGAUCAUCCAGGCUCACAGCUCAGUGUGUGUGCCCAUUGCUGUGGAAGCUCAGGAGCUGGGAGAACGAGACACCAUUGCUCACAUGGCUGUGUUUGGAAGGGCAAAAUCCCCUCUGAAGAUCCACUUAGUGAGUGUUGGAGAGGGACCAGUUGUCCACGUGCAUCCCAGUGACAUCAAUUUUGGCACCAUCCAAGCUCUACAAGAUGCUUCCCAAAGGCUCUACCUCUCCAAUCAGAGCCUCAUCCCUGCACCCUUCAGGGCAGAGAUGGCUGGGAAACGCUCCCGCUGGAGGAUUGAACCCAGCCAAGGAGUGAUCCCCCCCAGCACUGAGGUGUCUGUGGCUGUCAUAGCAAACCUGGAUGACACUGAGGAGUUCAAGGACAAGGUGAAGGUGUUGAUAGAGAACAGCCUCUCCUACGACAUCCCUGUCCAGGCUGUUGGCGUCGGCACCACCAUCGUCAUCGACAAGCCCUUUGCUCCAGAGCUCAACUUGGGAGCUCACUUCAGCCUGGAUCGCUGCUGUCACCACUUCAAUGCAACCAACAGAGGACGCCGUGCUCAGCUGCUCUAUUGGACCACAGAAGGGUUCAGCCCAUUCUGCAGGCAGGAUCCUCUCCCACCCAGCACUGGCAUCAGGGGCAAAGAUUCUACCCAGAGCCCCAAACCUGCCUGCCCUGUCUUUAAGCUUCGACCCCUGAGGAUGGAGCUGAUGCCAGGCCAGACUAUGGAGAUGACACUGGAAGGCUUCUCCAGCACUCCCCAGGUGGUGAAGGAGAGGCUGCUGUGUCACACCGUGGGGAGGAGCAAGGCAUGGAAGCAGCAGGUCAUGCAAGUGGAUGUCACCUGCCAGUUCAUUGUUCCCACUCUGCAGAUAUCCCCUGGGGAAGUCACUUUCCAGGUGAAGCAGGAGCCCAGUGGUGACCUCACUCUUCAGCACAAGCCUCUUUCCUUAAAAAACACCUCACCCCUGCCCUUCAGCAUCAUCCUGGCCUUGGAGCAGCCCUUCUCCAUCUGUGAUGCUGAGCAGCAGCCCCUCCCUGCAGACAUUUGGCCCACGAAGCUGGAGGUAGGGCAGGAGCUUCAUCUCUCCAUCGCCUUUAAUCCUGCUUAUGAAGAGGGUUUGCAGAGCCGGGUAGCAAAGAAGACCCUGAGCAUCCAAUUCCUGGAGCAUCCUCACGUGGAGCAGGUCAGAGUGAGGGGAGAAGUCUGCUUCCCAAACCUCCACAUCCAGAGCAAGGCUGUGGACUUUGGCUGCAUCCUCAACCACACUCAAGCCGUGCAUCACAUCACCAUGACCAACUGCAGCCAGCUGCCUGCCCACUACCACUGGGGCUUCCUGGUGGGCAGCCACGGGCACCAGAUGAGGUUCAGCCCUCCAGCACCUAAAUUCUUCCUGGAAGCCCAGCCACCAAAGGAGAAGGGAACCCAUUUGGAGCAAUCCUCAUCUGCAGAGAGCAGCUGCAGGGCUGGAAGCAUGGAGGAGCUCCCCAAAGCCCUGGGAGAAGCAGAGGAUCCUGCCCAAGAGCCAGCACAUGCAGAUGACUCCCUGGGAGCCAAGCUGCUGCCAUCCACUGCUGUGGAGCUGGAAGAGGCAUCAGAGACCCAGAGCCUGGAGGAGGACCAGGAGCUGCUGUGUGUGGGGACAGAGCCCUUCACCCCAGGCAUGGAGGAGGUGUUUGAUGUGCUGCCCCUGCACGGGAUGCUGCCUCCAGGCCAGAGCUGCAGCGUCACCUUCACCUUCUUUGGCCACCCCAACGUGGUGGCUCAGGCCACAGCGCUCUGCAGGGUGGAAGGAGGCCCAAGCUACGAGGUGACGCUGCGUGGGGAGGCUUCUGUCAUCAGCCACGGGCUCAGCACCACCCAGCUGGACUGUGGCCUGCAGCCCUUCAGCCAGGUCAGCCAGGCCGAGGUGACCGUGCAGAACAGGGGGAAGAUGGGAUUCCCCUGCGUGGUGCUGAGCCCCAGCCCAGCCCCUGCAGACAGACCCCUGGUGCUGCCCAGCACGGUUUACCUUGGACCUGGGGAGGAGCAAGUGCUGAAGGUCUAUUACCUGCCAGCAGUGCCUGGAGUCUUCUGCAGGACUUUCCACAUCCAAGUGGGUCACCUGGAGCCUGAAGCAAUCUCCCUGAAAGGAGAGGCGAGCUUCCCCAGGGUCUGCUUGGACCUGCCCAGGAACUUCAGUGGAAAUGAAAAAUACAAGAAGGUGCUGCAGGAGGUGAAAGAGAAGCUGGAAAAGCAGAGCCAGAGAGAUGAAGCUGCUGCUCCAGAGGAGGCUGCAGAGCCACCCACAGAUGGCACCGUGCUGGACACUCAGCUGCAGAUGCAGGUGGAAGACAUGCUGAUAGAGGAACAUGCCCUGAAGCAGCAGAAAGCUUUUGCCUCCUCCCCAAAGGAUGGUUCCUUUGACCAGGGUGCUCGUCAGAGACUUGUGAGAGCUGAGCUGCCUGAGUACGUCCUGGAGUUUGGCCACGUGGUUGUUGGUGACAGCCACAGGCGCCUGGUGAAGGUCACCAACACAGGGAAGUUGCCUGUGUCCUUCCAGGCUGAUGGCCAGGCCCUGUGUGGCACAGGUUUCACCGUGGAGCCAGCCCACGUGAAGGACCUGCCCUGCACCCAGAGCCAGACGUUGGCCGUGAGCUUCCACCCCCAGAGCUGCCACGUGCCACUGGGAGAGGUGAACCUGCUGCUGCCCAUCCAGGUAGCAGGAGGCCCCGUGCUUCGUGUCCGCCUCUGUGCCAGCGUGGCUGAGCCCACCCUCAGCCUCUCCAGGGACAGGCUGCAGUUCUGCCCUGUGCUCUGUGGGCAGUGCCAGGAGGAGACUGUCAGGCUCUACAAUCGGCUCCAGGUGCCCUGUGAGUGGUUCAUCACCACCACCACCGAGCCUGUUAAGAAGCUGGACACACAUGUGCUGGGCAGCAGGCACCAAAAGCCACUGCGGGCGCUGAAGGACAAGCCCCGUGUCUUUGAGGUGCUGCCCUUGGCUGGGAGCCUCGCUGCAGGACAGUGGUGUGAUGUGCAAGUCAGAUUUUCACCCAGGGCUGAGAAGUCCUACAGAAGCAGCCUGAAGGUGAACAUCCAGCAGAGCAGCCAGCAGCUGCAGCUGCAGGUCUCAGGACGUGGUCUGCAGCCACGUCUGGAGCUCAGCCCCUCCACGCUCGAGCUGGGGCCGUCGCUGCCAGGCAGCCGUGGGGCAGAGGGGACAGUGGUGGUGAAGAACCCCUGUGACUUCCCUGUUGAGUUUUACUCUCUGGAGUUUGACCAGCAGUACCUCACUGAGGAGAAGAUCCUGAGGAUGCUGAAGGACUACGACAGCCACAACACCUUGAUGCUGCCUCCACGUGCCCCUGGGGAGAAGCUGCCCCCAGAGGUGCUGCAGUUCUGGGAAGACCAGAAGAGGCAGCAGGACGAGCAGGAGAAGCCCAGGACAGAGGAAGCAACCGAGCAGGGCGAUGGUGAAGAGCAUCAGCCAAGUGCCACAGGCAGCCAGGAGGCCGUGGGAGAAGCCACCAACAGCCCCGUCCGUAGCGCCCUCGCCCGGCACCUCGGCACCAGCAGCUCAGCAGAAGCAGCCACAGCCCAGAGCCGCAGAGGGAUCGUCAUCAUCGUCCACGGGGCACCUCUGGCAGGCAAGAGCUCGGUGGCGGCCGCGCUGGCCGGGCGCUACGGCGCUGCCUGCUUGGCCAUCGACGCCGUGGUGACAGCGGCCGUGUCGGAGGGGAGCAGCGCUGCAGGGCUGCAGGCUCGGGAGCUGUGCCUCAGGGCUGCCAUCCAGCACAGCCAGGAGCAGGGGGAUGCUCCAAGCACCAAGGAGAGCUCAGAAAACAGCCACUCCAGCUCUGGGGACAGAGCCAGCAGUUGGUCUCUUGAUUCCCUGAGCAGCUCCAGCUUCACAGAGAGCAAGAGGAAGCAAGAGCUGGACAUCAGGAGCAGCACAGCAGAAGGGCUGAGCUGCAUGAGCUGUGUGCUGCCUGAGGACUUGCUGGUGACCAUCCUGUCUGAAAGGCUGCAGCUGAGUGAUUGCUACCAGGGAGUGGUGAUUGAUGGCCUGGAGACCCUCUUUUCGUGUCACACAGUGUGUGCCCUCCUCUGCCUGCUCAAAGCCAUUGGAAAUCGGCCUUACAUCUACAUGGUGAACCUGUGCCAGGAUUAUGCAUCUUGGAAAGCCAGGGAGAUGGCUGCAAAGGAGCAGGAAGAACGGGAGCGGGAAGAAGCUGCCAGGAGGGAGAAAGCACGUCUGUGGGAGAUGGAUGAGGAUGAGUAUGAUGCCCUCCCUGAGGAGCAGAAAAUGCAGUUUAACAGCCAAAUACGACAGGAGAAACGUGAGAGGAGGAAGAGGGAGAUGCAGCGUCUGGCUCUAGAGCUUGCACAGAAGAAGCAGCUGGAGCGCUUGGAGAAGCAGAGGCAGAGGGAAGCCAGGCGAGCUUCAAGGAGGGCAAGCCGGUUCCUGCUCAGGCAGCACACGACCCUGUCAACCGGCAGUACCCACGAGGCCACUGGGAAGAGUCCAGUUGGCACCAAAGGGCUGGACACAAAGGGAUCUGGGGUGGAGCUCCAAGACCCUGCUGCAAGGAAGAAGCGAAGGCAGAGCAAAGCUGCCCUGACAGAUUCCAUCCCACUGGUAGUUCCACAGCCCUCGGAGCCAGAGCAGGGGGAGGAACAACCCGAGGCCCAGAGUGACACAGAAGAUGCCUUGGCCCUGAGGUUUGAUAUGUAUGAGGUGCUGCAGAAGGGUGUCACAUAUGUUCUGUCGUCCUGGGACAGGGCUCAGGGCGCCCUGCUGUCCCCUCUGAAGCCAGAGGAGCUGUGGUCCAAAGCAGGAGGCCAGCACCAGCGUCCAUCCAGCCACAGGAGACACAAGGACAGGGAGAAGGGACGCCUGCAGAAGGAGCAGCUGGAGCAGCUGAAGGCUCCUGGAGGCUCCAAGUUACCUUAUCUGGAAGGUGCAGAAGGGUCAUCCAAGGAGCUGGAUGUCGGGGUGCCCUGCUUGAACAUCGAGGUGCUGAGCUCCAAGGGUGUGACCACAGAGGUCCUGGAGAGUGAUGAGCUGCCAGCAGCAGAGCAGGUCCUGGAUCACCUGGGACUGGGUCCCUCGGGGCCUCCCAUUGCCCCCACCACCUUUUACUCUGUGAUCCGCUACCCGGAGGAGCGGGUGGCCCCUGGGGCAGGAGAAGCCCUCAGGCACUUUGUCCUCGUUGUGCCAGACACUGCUAAUAAGGAGGAAGAAAAGGAGGACACCAAGCAUGUGGAUGUCCCUGUUGAGCCCACAGAGAAGGUGCUGGGGCUGGAUGGGGCUGGAUGGGGGCUGAGCAGUGGCCGGUGGGUCGUGCCUGCCCACGGUGAGGUGGAGCUCAGGGUCCAUUUCAGCUCCACGCUGCUGGGUCAGUUCGAGCAGACGCUGCAUUUUGAGAUCCAGGGGACAAAAGCCUUGUACCAGCUGCAGUGCAGGGGCACCUGCCUGUACCCCACCAUCAGCCAGGACCCACGGGUGGUGUUUCCUCGCUGCAGGAGGAGCAAGGCACACGAUGCCAUCGUCUCCAAGCAGUUUGUCUUGAGCACGGGCGUCUUCCACUUUGGCCCACUGCUGUGUGGGAAGUCGAGGAACUGGUAUGAAGCCCUGGCCCAUCCUGGCAACCACGAGAGACUCUCCAUCCUCAACACCACCGCCCUGGAAGCCGAGCUGAGCUUCUCCUUUGAGCACCACGGGGACACCUUCCACUUGGACCCUCCCAGCAUGAGGCUGAAACCCAACGAGAAGCGGGAGCUGAAUGUUUGGGCUUACCCCACUGCAGCUGGGCUGGUGGAAGACAAGCUCAUCUGCCACAUUCGGGACAACCCGGAGCCGGUGACCUUCAGCCUGUGCUGCCAGGGGGUGAAGGUGCAGCUGGAGGUCAGCCCCAAGCGGCUGCGUUUCGACAGGCUGCUGCUCUACAGGACAGACAGCAAGAGCCUGGUCCUGCAGAACCGCACCCUGCUCCCCGUGGCCUGGAAGCUCCAUGGGCUGGGAAACCUUGGCGGGAGCUUCUCUGUCUCACAAGAUCAGGGUGUCCUCGGUCCCCGCACGGAGCUCAGCGUGCAGCUGCGCUUCAAAGCCACCAAGGUGCUGAGGCUGAAGGAGAAGAUCCGCCUGGAGGUUUCAGAUGCAGAAAACCUGCUGGGGACUGUUCAGAUUGAGACAAUCCAGGUUGUUGCAGAGGCCUAUGACGUUGGUCUGACCAUCAACAUCCCCAACAGUGCAGAUGACAGGGUGGAUUUUGGAACCAUUCCCGUGCUGGGUGAGGUGAAGCAGGAGCUGACUCUGAAGAACAAAGGACAGUACCCUGUUGCAUACAGUUUCAAACUGGAAGCUGCUGGGACCAAGAUCCGCAACCUGGCCUCCCACUUCACCGUGCAGCCGCAGAAGGGCGUCCUGAGCAAGCCCCAGCACUCUGCACAGGUCCAGCUGCUCUUCCACCCCAAGGCAGAGAUGAGCACUGAGGACAAAGCCAUCCUGAGCUGCCAGGUGAUUGAGCCCAACACCCCUGAAGGAGGUGAGACCGUUGCCAUCAUCCCGGUGAAGGUGUCUGCAAAGGCUGCCUUCAGACACUACAGCAUCUCCCCAGCCUCGCUCCUCGACUUGGGUGUCGUUGAGAAGGGCAACAGGAAAACCUGCACCUUCACACUGGCCAACACAGGCAUCCUCGACUUCCAGUUCCUCAUCUGCAAAGCGGACCGGGAGGCACCCGAGCUGCCCUGGGAGAGUGCAAAUCCUGUGAAUCCCACCCAGAGCAGCAGCACGGCUCAAGAGACACCCUUGGAGCAGCAGACAGCCGCCAUGGUGCAGACUCGCCUGGCUCUCGGCAUGUUCACGCUGCACCCAGCCUUCGGCUCCAUCGCUGCGGGCGGCCAGAGGAUCAUCAGGGUGGAAUAUUACGCCGGGGUGCCGGGGCUGUGCCAGGAGCAGCUGAGCAUCCACGUCAGUGGCAGAGACCCCAAGGACCAUCCCCUUGGCAUCCCCUACACCCUGGCUGCCGAGUGCUGUGCCAGGCUCGGUAAAAGCUGA